UCACCAUUUUCAUCACACCAACACUCACAACUGUUGUGAUUCUAAAACAUCAUGGCUUCGACAACCGUCGCAUCGGCUGCGCUUCUCGUCGCCCUGAACUUGUUGUUCUUCACCUUGGCGAGCUCGACCUACGUGCCAUGCCCCCCGCCGCCCAAGAGCCCCAAGCCAUCCCCCAAGGGCUGGCCCUCGGGGCCUAAAAGGCCAGCCACUUGCCCUAAAGAUACACUCAAACUGGGCGUAUGUGAUGAUUUAUUGGGUGGACUAGUGCACGUCGUCGGAGGCUCACCGAGGACCAAAUGCUGCCGUCUCAUCUCGGGUUUGGCUGAUCUCGAUGCAGCCGUUUGCCUUUGCACUGCGAUGAAGGCCAAUGUGUUGGGGACCAACCUCAAUGUUCCCGUUUCAUUGUCCCUGCUGCUCAACGCCUGUGGAAAGAAACUGCCUGCCGGUUACAAAUGUGCUUAUUAAGCUCACUUCCAAUGUUUUGGGUCUUUUAUUUUCUUUUAUCAUGUUUUGGGUGUGUUUAAUUUGGAGUUUUGGUAUGCCAUAAUCAUUCACUAAGUGCUACUUGUGUACUUGUUUUGCUGGUAGGAAAGAAGGCUUCUCGCCUUCUAAUCCUAAUUAAUUUGUGUUCCUUAAUUUCAGUUCAACAUUCAAUAAAUAAACAGCUUUGCUCAA